AUGGCGGAGGAGGCAGUUUUAGGAUUUCUGGAGAACAACGAAGAAAUCACAGAUUCCGGUCAAUUCUCCACCGAACACAACCUUGACCACAACGCAGUCGUCAAUGUCAUCAAGAGCUUACGUGGUUUCCAGUACAUCGUAGCUCAGGACAUUAAACGGGAAUCAUGGGUUUUGACUGCUGAAGGCAAGAAAUAUGCUGCGGAAGGGUCGCCGGAGGUACAACUUUUCUUGGCUGUUCCUGCGGAAGGUAGCAUAUCCAAAGACGAACUCCAGAGAAACCUAGCUCCUUCGGUAUUCAAGAUUGGUUGUGCACAAGCUGGAAAAAACAAGUGGGUGGAAAUGGGAAAACAAGUCUCUAGAAAGGUUCAACAUGUUGAAGAUAAAGUGAAGAACUUGCUUUUACAAAUACAGGAAGGACUGGAACUUGACAAAGAAAGUCUCAGUUCUCUCAAAGCCAGGAAACUCAUAGAACAACAGACAUGGAAUGGCUACUCUGUAAAGAAGGGUCCCAAGUAUGCUCCCAAAAGGAAGACUUUCGCCACUGAUUUGACUGUAGGAAAUCUUAAAAACUGGAAAGAGUUAGAAUUCAAGGAGUAUAACUUCAAUGCUAAGGGACAGCCUGUUGAUGCUGGGCAUGUCCACCCCCUUCUUAAGGUGCGGAAGCAGUUCAAAGACAUAUUUUGUCAGAUGGAAUUUGAAGAGAUGCCAACAAACAACUUUGUGGAGAGCAGCUUCUGGAAUUUCGAUGCACUAUUCCAGCCUCAGCAGCACCCUGCUCGUGACUCUCAUGACACCUUCUUCCUAAAAGAUCCUUCGACGACAAGGGAACUACCAGAAGAUUAUGUUGAAAGGGUGAAACAAGUUCAUGAGUCUGGUGGAUAUGGAUCACGAGGGUACAAUUAUGAAUGGAAAAGAGAGGAAGCAAACAAAAAUCUUCUCCGUACCCACACAACGGCAGUGUCGUCUAGGAUGCUUUAUGCACUCGCAAAGGAACCUUUCGCUCCCAAGAAGUACUUUUCAAUAGACCGUGUGUUCAGAAACGAGGCUGUUGACAAAACCCAUCUGGCAGAGUUCCAUCAGAUUGAAGGUUUGGUCUGUGAUCGUGGUCUUACAUUGGGUGAUCUUAUUGGUGUAUUACAAGAGUUCUUCUCACGAUUAGGGAUGUCCAAGCUGCGUUUCAAGCCUGCCUACAACCCUUACACUGAACCAAGCAUGGAAAUUUUCAGCUACCAUGAAGGACUUGGGAAAUGGGUGGAGAUUGGAAACUCUGGCAUGUUCAGACCCGAAAUGCUACAACCAAUGGGUCUCCCAGAGGAUGUUCGAGUCAUUGCAUGGGGUCUUUCUCUUGAAAGACCAACAAUGAUCAUGUUCGGCAUUGACAACAUCCGCGAUCUGUUUGGACACAAGGUGGAUCUUGAUCUUAUUAAACGGAAUCCGAUCUGUCGUAUUGGAAUCAAGUGA